CUCCAUUUCGUUCGUGAGCCAUUUCUAGGGGCGUACCUAUGAUGUCGAAGGAUUUGGGGUACCCCGCGUGAGAUCCGCGGAGCUGGAAUGUAGGAUUGUUAGAGUGUCUUGGAUAUUAAAUGAUGGGUUUGCCCGGAUUUUAAUUAGAAUACAAGUAUCACUUUCUCAUCUCUCCACUACAGCACUUCAUUAGAGAAAGAAGAAUAAAGAUUUCGAUUAUGGCUCUCCAAAAUUUCCUCCUCCUAAGGUAAAUACCCAUUCCAUCCAAUAUGUCUCCUCUUAGUCCUAACAUCCAACAACAGUCUCCUCCCAACAACCAUCCUCGCCCAAAUCCAGUGGGGCGAACAAUGUCCAGUGAUCACCCGCACAACAACCAGUCUAAGCUGUCCCAAACCCACACCGGGCUGCAUAACCCCCAAAUGUAUAAUCCUCAACACCAUCGACGUCCCCUGCAACUGUCCCUCGACAAUCAGUGAAUCAACCGUCUUCCAGUCUUCCUGUGGUUGUAUUGCAGGCUGUCCAACAGCAUACGCAACGAAUCUGAUUUGUCCAACGAUAAAAACAUCCGAGACACCGACUGCUAUAGAGACUCUGACGCCAACGACCCUCUCUACCAUCUCCAUCCCAGGAAAAACUCCCAUCACACCUCCAACGCCAACAACCUCCACGGUCGCAAGACCUACCAUUACCCCCUCCGUGAGCAGCUGUCCAACACUCACCUUCACCGAAGGUCCUUCUUGUCCAACACUUUCUUGCGUCAGUCCUCCUAGCUGUACGGUCACUAGCGAAGUUGUAGUUCCAUGUUCUUGUCCGGGAAUUGCUAGAACGACGAGCUGUCAGACGACGUGUGGGAGUGGGUGUAAGACUUCUUCGAUAGGAUUGUAUCUUCCUUGUCCGAUUAGUCCGCUGCCGCCGGUUGAAACGCAAUGAGGGGGUUGGGGGCAGUCUUAUGCUGGAUGGGUAUGGAGAGGGAUGUUAUGGGGGUUGAGAGGUUGUUGACUUGCUGGUGGUGAGGUUGGUGGGUAUUUGUUUUGUUUUGGGAGGGUUGAUGGGGGGUAAGGAUUUUCAGUAUUUAGGGGCGUAGGAUUCUACGUGGGUUUAUUUUGAGAUUGCUAUUAGAUGAUUAGAGUACUAUAUCAAAGACUAAAGAGGUCCUAAGAAUAUAAUUACCCGCCGUAUAAGCAUCUAUACUUUCGCUUAAGCAAUACCUAUCUAAAAAUAACAAUAAUAAAACCCCUCCGAUAAAUCUAUCGAUUUUAA